GGACUGCCCCGCAUCGCUGAUCUGGUCAUAGACUAUUGCGACUUUGUGCACAUUUAUUGAUGAAAUUUGUUGUAAAUCAAUAGCGGACGGCUGAAGGGAAGGCGUAGAGGUGUGGCACAAAGAAGUCCAUCAAUAUGAUGCAGUUCAUGCUGCUGUUCAGCCGUCAGGGCAAACUGCGGCUGCAGAAAUGGUACGUGGCGCACCAGGAUCGGACAAAGAAGAAGAUCACAAGAGAGCUUGUCACACUAGUUCUGGCCAGGAAGCCCAAGAUGUGCAGCUUUUUGGAAUGGAAGGAUUUAAAAAUAGUCUACAAACGAUAUGCCAGUCUGUAUUUUUGCUGUGCAAUAGAACCAGAAGAUAAUGAAUUGCUCACAUUAGAAGUUAUCCAUCGCUAUGUGGAACUCUUAGAUAAAUAUUUUGGAAGCGUUUGUGAGCUGGACAUCAUUUUUAACUUUGAAAAGGCCUACUUUAUGCUGGAUGAGUUGAUGUUGGGAGGAGAGGUUCAGGAAACAAGUAAAAAGAAUGUGCUUAAAGCCAUUGCUGCCCAAGAUUUAUUACAAGAGGACGAGGCUUUAGAAUCGGCACUGAAAGAAUAUGGCCUCACCUAAGCUUACUGCGAUGCCGGACUCCGACGAACCUAAAAGUAUUCUUGAAGAAAUGGGAAUAACAGCCUUCAGCUAAGCCAACCGGCUGCUUUCUUUGAUUCUCCAGUCACAUAACUUCAGCUACCAAGCUGGCCAAUGAAGGCAUUGACAUGAUUGUCAUGUGAUUUAUAUCCUAUUUGAAAUAGCCAAUCACCUUUUGAGAAAUGUCAAGUUGCUGCUGACCAAUCAAAGUGCAUGCACUUAACUUGUCUUCUUUAACUGAUGAAUGAACUUGUAUUCUAGCCAAUCAAAACUGUUGUAGUGCUUCCAAGCAAGACUAAAAGGCCUGAACUUUUUAUCUCUGAAUUAAAACGAAUGAUGGAUGACAAAAGAUUUAAUACUAUCUUGAUCUUUUCAAAGAAAAUGACUUCAGUAAUUUCUACUUUUGUUCCUAAUUGUCCCCUGCAUGUUUGUUGUUUUGUCUGGUCAUGACACACCCUUACAAAAAGUAAAUGUUAUACACCAGUCACACUUGACCUCACCACCUUCAAUACAUUUAAGCUGGGUUGGUCUGUCUCAUUAAUGUUGUGGUGAUGGAGAAAUGACGCAUCCUGUAGAUGUUGGUGAAAGUAUCACAGGUCAGUAAACUCUGUUUUUUGUUGGAUUUGAAUUCAUUGGUUGAGGCCAUCCACACAACAAGUGCAAGAAUUUGCUGUCAAAGCUGGGUCAACAUGUACUGGCUUUUCAACAGAAUUUUGCAUCUGUAGAAGGGCACAAAUUAGAUUAAAAUGUAAGGGUAUUUAAAGGGAAAUUGUUAUUAAAGAAAGCACUGAAUAACUUGAAAUUUAAUCUCAGAAAGAGCAUCAAAACUUAAAGUAAGAGAUGCGUUGCAUUCCUAAUUUUUGAGAAGAAAUUUUUUCUCAAAAAGCCAGAUUUUUGUAAAUUUGGAAUUACCAGUUCUCAUUAUCAAAACAAAAUUUGUUGGUUGUCCUAUCUGGAAGGAAUCUCAUUUUGUUUUUUUCUGUUUUUUUGUUUUUGGCAUUUGAAGUUAAAACAGGACAAUGUGUGUGUGCAUGAUUUUUGGAUUGAACAAUUCCUAGAUAUCUAAUAACCUCACAAAACACCAGAAAUACACUCUAGAAAAUAAGUUGUGCUGAAAAAGUAAACUUCUAAUCUCAGGAUAGCAACAAGUUCAUAGCUUAAACGUUGACAUUCCAAUCUUUCAUUUUAUUUACAACUUACAUGAUUAUAUAUUUGACUGUACUGGUUAUAACAAUUUUUCAUUUUGACCCCAGAUAUAAAAAGGUUGUUUUUUUUUUAAACAUGAUAUAUCCUCACAGGCUUCUUGGCGAAGGGCAUAAACUUUGUGUUAGGCGACACAAACAGUUUAACAUGGUGACAUGUUCCAUGUCCGUUUUCAACUGGUUAGUCAAAAGCUUGUCAAACACAAGAGCUUAAGAUCACCCUUCUCAUCAGGUCGUAAGUGCUUGUAUUUGCAGAAUAAUGCCCACGAAGGCUUAGCUGAAGUUAGAUUCCUGUCGUAACUUGUAGGCUGGGUCUGUCCAAAGUCAUACGGCCAUCAACAACUGGGACCAGUUGAGUUGAGUUGUGUUUUAAGCUCUUAGAUAUGCCAAGCUUUAGCAAAGUGGCUUUUCCAUAAGGAUGAGUGGCAUUGUACAAGUCUGAUUUUCUUAUUCAGGUAGGACAUUUUUGAACAUCUAUCAAAUUUUUAAGAAAAAAAUUAGAUUUUCAAAUUAUACAAGUUUUGAAAUACAUCUGGUGCAUUUUGUGAAACAGAUAGCCCAAAUUGUUCUUUUUUGUCUUAUUUUGAAGUUUUUAUGAAAGGUCAAUUUAAAAAUACACAUUUCAAUCAUGGUAAAGCAAAUAUUGUAAAGUUCUUAAAAUUAUGGUAAUAAGUAUAAUAGUACAUUGUGCUGGAUGGAGUGUCAACUUAAUGAAUUGUGUGGAGUUGUUUUUCAGAAGUAGUUCUGUUGAAGCUUUAAUUGUUAGAUCUCUAUGGUAACUACAAAUUGUGGCAGUCUCAUGGAAGUAUGUGGGUUGUUUUUUAUUAGUUGAGUCCAUCAAUAUUACAGAUAUGUAUUUUCCUGUCAUGAUUUCAUGCUGUAUUCCACUAUAUCUUUGUAUGCAAAUUUUGGAAACCUUAAUAUAUCAAUUGCAACACUUGGAGGUUUUUGUGACAUGUUAACUGUAAUUCUCCAACCUUUUCGCAUGUUGCAAGGUGUUUAUCCAAGCAUAUUCUGAAAACAUUGUUCUGUGUUGACGGACAAAAUUACACUUUUUGUAAAGUUCUCAAAUUGGCCAAUCCAACCAAUGUAGUUUUUUUCUACAAAAUCAGAUUAAAAAUGUUGAUAAAUUGCACUGAAAGUUGCUCUUUCAUAUGCGACAAGGUUGAGGAAUUAGGCUAUUUUCAGAUAUACUCAUUGAAUUACAGUUUAACUGAAAUCAUUUUACCUGUAGGUUUCUUUCUUUGACUUAUAUAGACAGAAGUACUGGUAUGACAGAUUACACUGGUUGCAGGUUUCGUCCAAGAGUUUUCAACAGUGGUUUACUCAACCAGCCUUUUUUUUUUUUUUUGUUAGUGUGAAUAAGUGCUUGUAUAAUCCUGCAUGAAGUUUGUGGAGACCACUUCUCACCAGUAUGCCACAUGUGGGAAAGUUCACCAGUAACUAGCCAGUAGUCCCUGGUUCCCUCCAGGCACUUCAUUCUCCAUCAUUUUAGUGAAAAAGUCAUGCGUAUGGCAUAAAAUAAUCAACCAAUCGUGACCAAAUCUGCAGCUAAAUUUUCUUCUAAAAGACCGACUUGUAUGUAAGUCCCAGUUGAGGGUUUGGGGUCUGAUCAUAGACCAGCAUAUAGAAAGGUACAGUUAAUAGUAAAAGUGAAGAAAUUGUUAUUUAGUUGUAAGAUACUUCGAUAACUGUUAUAUUUAUGGAACAAGAUAUUUGGACUUUUAUUUCUGAAAGGUGGGAACAAAGGGUUUCAGCUUGUUGGGAUUAUUGGCUAUGUUUAAAUUAGACCUAUUCCAUCAAUUAGAAUUUGGAACAACAAUUUUUCAAUGAACAACUUAUACACCAAGUGUAAUAUCAAGACAGCACUUUCGAAAUUUAAAUUACAAACUAAGCAUUAUGCUCUUUUAGAUUAUCUGGUCAGAAAGUGGGACGAGUGUUUGUCCAAAGGGACAUGACAGAGUCUUCAGGUAGAGGUGGAGGUUUAUUGUUGCAAUAGCCAGUAAUCCCUUUAGUUUUUCUUCCUUUUUUAGUCCUGCAGUUCCGUAAUUGUCAAGUCUUUCUGUCCGGGAUAAAGAUAAUCUGUAUGAAUGGUACAUGUGUAUUCUGUAUAUUGUUAUGGCUAUUGACACCAGUUGUGGCACACAUAGUUAUGAUUAAACUUUAUAACAUUUGAACACUAA